AUGCAUUCGGCACUGGGGUUAUCCUUCCUGCUCAUUGCUGUGUCCUCCAAUUUUGCAAUGGCAAUCCAAAAAGAAAAAAGAGUUCCACAGACACUGUCAAGAGGAUGGGGAGAUGACAUAAUGUGGGUACAAACUUAUGAAGAAGGACUUUAUCAAGCAAAAAAAAGUAACAAGCCACUGAUGGUCAUUCAUCAUUUGGAAGAUUGUCAGUAUUGCAAAGCACUGAAGAAAGUUUUUGCAGAAAACCAAGAAAUACAAGAAAUGUGUCAGAACAGUUUCAUCAUGCUCAAUCUCAUGCAUGAAACAACUGACAAGAACUUGUCACCUGAUGGACAGUACGUGCCUCGCAUCAUGUUUGUAGAUCCUUCUCUCACAGUGCGAGCUGACAUCACUGGAAGAUACUCUAACCGACUGUACACUUACGAGCCUCAAGACUUGCCAGUGUUAAUAGAAAACAUGAAGAAAGCAUUGCGUCUAAUUCAGACUGAACUGUAAGUGGUAGCUGAGAGACCAUCAUCAUCAU